CGGGGGAGAGGGGGAUAAGGGGGUGAGGGGGAGGGGAGGAGGUGUUGCGAGGCGGUUGUGUCGUGGGUUGACAUGGUUGAGGUGCGCGCCGGAUGGGCCGGGGAAGGCGGGUUGGUGGUGGAGUGGUGGAGGGUGUCCUUGUAUGUGUUGUCGCUGGUAUUACAAGAUCAUUGAAGAAGCCGUCGCGCUUAUAUCCUUUCGUCUCGAUGCGAUUCCCAGCGUUCGUCGCGCUCGGAAAUAACGUGGGGGUUGGGUUUUCGACAAUUGUCGAGGACAACGACGAGGACGGGGCGAGAGCGAAAAAGGUCGAUGCGCGUAGGCGGCUAAGAGAAAGGGGAUUCCUGAGGGACCAUGAAGGCCUGAUUAGGGAUGCAUGUCUUAGAGAGGCGUCGGUUGAUUGGCGUUCCCUGUGUGAUCGUGUUCACUUCCACUUUCGAGCUGAUGGAGGAGGGAGGGAGUGGAUUGGUGGUGAGGCUGGUGAGGCUGGUGAGGCUGGUGAGGCUCGUGAGGCUCGUGAGGCUGACUGACAUGAGACGUCAUGGAUGUCUUUGCGUCAAAUGUCAAAUGCUUGGGGAGGACGACAUCCCGUGUUCCGUUCGUGGGGACUCUCGGCCGGCGUGCUUCUUUUUCUAUUCAUAUCACUUAUCGCCCUGCGCCCUGCGUACAGUAUUUGUAGUAUGGUAUCCCUCUUCGGCAAUUACGAGUCGAGUCCCUCUACUACUGUGCCGUAAAGGACAUGUAUCACAUAUUCCAGGCCUUUCCCCAGACCCGCUGUCAUCUAACAACUAAUAAUGCCUC